AUUUUUAGAUUCAAGAUGUACGCCAAUGACGUUGUAGAUGUGCGUGAUUGUGUCAUCUGUCAUACAGUCGUCCACGUGUGGUCUGGUCUGGUCUGGAGUGCUACAUCGAGUUGUCCACAGUCAUACCUUGUGGUCAUGAUGAAGUACAUACUUGUUACGGGUGGUGUCAUCUCUGGUAUUGGAAAAGGAAUUAUUGCCAGUAGUGUGGGGACAAUUCUGAAGUCCUGUGGCCUUCGUGUUACUGCAAUUAAGAUUGACCCCUACAUCAAUAUCGAUGCUGGCACCUUUUCACCUUAUGAGCAUGGGGAAGUGUUUGUACUAGAUGAUGGUGGCGAAGUGGACCUGGACUUGGGGAACUAUGAGCGCUUCUUGGACAUCCGUCUCACCAAAGACAACAACCUCACAACAGGAAAGAUCUACCAGACUGUCAUUAACAAAGAGAGAAGAGGCGACUACUUGGGCAAAACGGUCCAAGUGGUGCCACACAUCACAGACUGCAUUCAGGAGUGGGUCAUGAAGCAAGCCAAAGUAUCUGUGGAUGAUGAUGAAGUAGAGCCCCAAGUUUGUGUCAUUGAGCUUGGAGGGACCGUGGGAGACAUUGAGAGCAUGCCUUUCAUUGAAGCCUUCAGACAGUUCCAGUUCAAAGUCAAGAGGGAGAACUUCUGCAACAUCCAUGUCAGCCUCGUCCCACAGCCCAGCGCUACAGGAGAGCAGAAGACCAAGCCCACUCAGAACAGUGUGCGUGAGCUGCGUGGACUGGGCCUGUCUCCUGACCUGAUUAUGUGCCGUUGCUCCACACCGCUGGAAAAGGCUGUCAAAGAGAAGAUCUCCAUGUUCUGCCACGUGGAGCCAGAGCAGGUGAUCUGUGUGCACGAUGUGUCGUCCAUCUACAGGGUGCCCUUGCUGCUGUGCGAUCAGGGCGUGGUGGAUUACUUCGGCACGCGUCUCAACCUGCAGAUGGACAUGAGGCCACGCAGGUUGCUCACCAAGUGGAAGGAGAUGUCCGACAGAUCAGACAGACUCCUAGAGAGCUGUUCCAUCGCACUGGUGGGGAAGUACACCAAGUUCGCCGACUCGUACGCCUCAGUUAUCAAAGCCCUGGAGCACUCCGCCCUCGCCGUCAAUCAGAAGCUAGAGAUUAAGUACAUAGACUCUGCAGACCUGGAGGCGGCUACUUUACAGGAGGAGCCGGUGAAGUACCACGAGGCCUGGCAGAAACUCUGCAGUGCAAACGGGGUCUUAGUGCCUGGUGGUUUUGGUGUGCGUGGAACAGAGGGAAAGAUGCAAGCCAUCAGUUGGGCCAGGAAACAGAAAAAGCCCUUUUUAGGGGUGUGCUUGGGCAUGCAGCUGGCAGUGUGCGAGUUUGCCAGGAAUGUUCUUGGCUGGGAAGAUGCCAACUCCACUGAAUUUGACCCAGACAGCAAACAUCCGGUGGUGAUUGACAUGCCAGAGCACAACCCAGGCCAGAUGGGCGGCACCAUGAGACUGGGCAAGAGGAGAACCGUCUUCAAAACCAACACCAGUGUUUUAAGAAAGCUGUAUGGAGAUGUUGACUAUGUUGAUGAAAGGCACAGACAUCGCUUUGAGGUCAAUCCAGACCUGAAGCACCAUUUUGAGGAGAGAGGACUGCAUUUUGUUGGGCAAGAUGUGGAGGGUGAGAGAAUGGAGGUGAUCGAGCUAGAGGACCAUGCAUACUUUGUGGGAGUGCAGUAUCAUCCAGAGUUCACGUCCCGCCCCAUCAAGCCGUCGCCCCCUUACUUCGGCCUGCUUCUGGCUGCCGCGGGGAAACUGCAGGGCUACCUGCAGAAGGGAUGCCGUCUGUCCCCAAGGGACACAUACAGUGACCAGAGUGGCAGCAGUUCACCAGACUCCGAGAUCUCGGAGCUCAGUUUACCUCGUAAGCCUGAACAGGCAGACUACUGAACAGCCACGGCAAGGCCUGCACUGUGUGACUCGGUCAUUCGGUGUGAACUGAAGACUCUCUCCUUUCACUUCUGCUAGAGCUCUCUGAGCCACAGCUGUCAGCGUGUGUCACUUUAGGAACUUUUAAGGGAGAACAUGAACUGCUUUGACAGUUGAUGUACUGUUGGACUACAAGGAAAGGAAUGUACUGAUUUUAAAUUAAACGUGUCUUUGCCAUUACUACUAUGUAACAUUAUUUUGCUUUUGUUGGUUUAUCAUGAUUGUAAUAUAAUAUAUUGACAAAGCAUGUAUCAUGUAUUUGAAGUUUGCGUUGUAGUUAUAAACUGUUAAGUACCGUUCUGUUUUGUCCUGCCAUUGAAGUUCAUCAAUAUCUGUUUCAUCCUGCCAUUAAAGUUUUAAAGUUUCUUGUUAGUUUUCUUUUUAACCACAUAAUUUUUUUGUUGGGAGGUUACUACAGCAGCUGUUGCGACUAGUCCACAUAUGAGAUGUGGUUAUUAAAUAACGGGACUACUACUGUAAUUCAAUUGUAUUAAAAUACUCUUUAUACUCGUAAUAACAGUCUCGUUCUUUAAUAGCCACACCUUGUAUGAACGGAUUGUUUGAGUUUCGUCUAUGAAGCCAUAUACUAUUUUCCAGAUGUUGCCUUUGCUUUACAUGGAUCAUGAAAUAAAAAAUAAAAAAAACAGUAUAUGCACGUA